GAUAACAAGAGUUCACCACCGUCUUCAAUUGCUGAAUAUCAUCCAUUUCACGAGGCCCGGAUCAAAGCUUGAAAAUCAUCAACGUUUCAAGAUGUCUCCAUCUCACUACUUGGCUAUCCUCGUGUAUUUACAAUUGUCAACAGCAAUAAUUGGUCACGAGAAUUUAAAUGCCUCUUGUGUCGUCCAAUUUGAUGAAUCUAAACUAGCUGAUGUGCUACAUCUGAUUCGUCAACCCGCCAUUAAAACUGUUGAAAUAAUAUUGACCGUGGCCUCCGCGAACAGAACUCGUGUAUUCCCCGAAAUGAAGUGGCCUUGGGCAAACGAAAUUGGUCGCACCUUAAUCUCGUUAACAUCUCGUGCUAAAGAAGACCAGCAAAAUCGAGGUAAUGUCGUAAACAACAUGGCAGAGAAAACAUUCACUAUCGAAUUUGAUGAAAAGGAUGGCGAGGCGAAGAUCUCAAAGGAAUUUUACAAGGAAGUCAGCAAACAAAUUAUGCCUUUGGGCGAGCUUCUGUUUCGUUUCUUCAGAAGAAUUCUCUUCGUCGCCGUAUACGCUGGGAUUAUGUUCAUUGUCUUGAUUCUUGGAAAGGAAUCUGGUGUUGCAGGAAGUCGUCAAGCAAUCGGCGCCAUUGUCGCUAUCCUGAUUCCGUUUAUUUUUGACACCAUUUACGCUGAUCAUCAUUUGGCACAAAAGGACUCGAAAAAUAUGGCAACGAAAGAAAAACUUCAACAUAUUAUACCCAGAGUUUUCAGAGUUAAAGACCGAGGAAAAAACUUGCUUGUCAUAUUUAAAUGUCCUAACAAAGAUGACAGUGGUGGCCAAGGUGGUGGCCAAGGUAGUGGCCAAGGUGGUGGCCAAGGUGGUAACAGUGGUGGCCAAGUUGGUGGCCAAGGUGGUGGUCAAGGUGAUGGCCAAGGUGGUGGCCAAGGUGGUGGCCAAGGUGGUGGUAACAUUGGUGGCCAAGGUGGUAACAUUGGUGGCCAAGGUGGUGGCCAAGGUGGUGGGCAAGGUGGUGACAAUGGUAGCCAAGGUGGUAACAAUAGUAGAAAAGGUGGUGACAGUGGUGGCCAAGGUGGUGGCCAAGGUGGUGGCCAAGGCCAAAGUGGCCGCCAAGGUGAUGACAGUGGUGGCCAAAGUGGUGGCCAAGGUGGUGGCCAAGGUGGUGAUAGUGGUGGCCAAGGUGGUGGCGAAGGUGGUGGCGAAGGUGGUGGCCAAGGUGGUGGCCAAGGUGUUGACAGUGAUGGCCAAGGUGGUGGCCAAGGUGGUGAUAGUGGUGGCCAAGGUGGUGGCGAAGGUGGUGGCGAAGGUGGUGGCGAAGGUGGUGGCGAAGGUGGUGGCGAAGGUGGUGGCCAAGGUGGUGGCCAAGAUGGUGGCCAAGGUGGUGGCCAAGGUGGUGACAGUGAUGGCCAAGGUGGUGGCCAAGGUGGUGGCCAAGGUAAUGACAGUGGUGGCCAAGGUGAUGACAGUGUUGGCCAAGUAAAAAAUGCCGGUGAUUCCGAUGAAGAAUAUGCUUUGAAAAAGGAAAGACUCCCUGCAGCGAGUGCAUUAGAAUUACAAAGAAAGUUUGAUGUUAUCGAAAUGAAGCUUCAUAUUAUAUGGAAAUAA